AUGGCCGGAGCUUUCCUCCCGGCGGCGGAGCUAACCGAAAGCGGCCGUCCCAUACUAAAACCCGGCGAGGUGGAGUGCUCCCUCCUCUCCGCCGUCGACCUCCUAUCGGAAGAACUCCCCACCUUCCCCCUCCUCAAAUCCGGUCUCCUAAUCCUCACCACCCACCGCCUCUUCUGGCUCCCACCGGAAACCAACAACCGCACAAACCCUUCCUCCUUCAUCCCUCUCUCAGCAAUCCAAAACAUCAUCUCCAACAAAAAGUCGAUCAAAUCCAUGUUCCACAGUCCCAGGAUCCGCUUCCAGGUUUCCGCCACCCAAGACGGAAGAAUCAUGGAGAACGGAGGCCGGAAUUCGGUGGCGAUCACUCUGGUAGUGAGGGGUAAAACCGACCCGGAUUCGUUUGUUGGGAAAUUCUGGGAAGCUUGGAGAGGUAGGGCAUGGGAGGCAACCGGGUCCGCAUCCGGAUCCGGGUCGGCUUUGGGGGACGCUGGUGGGUCGGGUUCGGGUCCCCCGUUGGCGGUGCGGGCCCCGGUGGUGGGC